AUGUACUUAUUCUACUUCCUAAUUCCUCGAAACUCACUCCUCAAACGCCUAUCUCCAUGUGUGAUCCACGAGAUCCUCAAGUACGUCACCCAGUACGACUUGGUCGCCCUCCUGGUGACUCACUCGGAGCUCUACCCACUAGCCAUAGCCAGGCUCUACAAGCGUGUCACCGUCAACUUGAACGUGGAGUUUGCCAAUAAAUACACCAAUCACAGAGACUACAUUAUAGACAAUGGCUUGACCUACAUGGAUAGCUCGUUGAUCUUCUCCGUACACAGUCUCGCUAGGUUCUUGCACUCAAUGCAAACAAACCCAGCGUUGGUCCAGCUCGUCAAGGUGUUCGUGUUCGACAAGUGCCACAACGAUCCAGUGGUGGAUAUCAGCGUGAUCCAGGCCAAGAUCAUCGAGUUCUUUGGCGAAAACUCCCAUCAGAUUAACUUCUUGCACAUCACUUUCAUUGACUUCUCCCAGGGCAUCGCCAAACUCACCAAGUUCUUGCGCAACAAUAAUAUUAGGAACCGUAUCUUCAAGUUAUUUGUCACCAAGACCAAGGACCUCUACUUUCCCAGCGUGCCCAAGAGCCUCACCAACUUGUUUCUCAUGCUCGACGAGGCAGAAAUGAUGGAGGACUUGUUCGACAUGACGAAAUACCCCUACGACAUUUUCCGAUCGUUGUUGACGUUGACCUGCAACACCAAUAACCAGAUCGGGCUAGAAAUUAUAAAAAGCAUAAGGCUCUUUGACAAAGACAUGAAACUCAAAUUACGAGAGCUAACGGUAUUCCACUGCCACAAACAGACCUUCAACAGCGAAGGCGACGAGUUCCAGUUUUUCAUCGACAACAAAAUCAACCACGACGACAAGAACUUGAUCAAAUACAUGAACGCUUUGGAUAAGCGAUUGUCGUUCCAUGUCAUCCACGAGAAAAUAGACAUCACCCAUUUAUCCCACCUCUGCUUGAAGAUCGAUUGCGUGGACCGGUGCCAUAACUCGUGCCUUUGCUUCGAGACGUUCUUUGAACAAUUUGCAUUAUUCUCCGAGAAAAACGGUGGGCUUCCCAAUCUCAAGAGUUUCGGCUUGGAGUCCUUCCCCAAUCUUGAGUGGCUCAGGCCCCACCAGAUACUCGAAAACGUAUUGACUCCCGUGGGAAGCUUCAUUCGGACAUUGACAGGCAUUACCAAGUUGUGCAUCGACUUUUCUACCCCCGGAUUCAAGAUGUUUGAAAGCAGAAUGGGCAUGUCGACUGAAAUGUUGAAUAAAUUGAACGAACGGUUGAUGGAUGCCUUUUUCCUUUGUCUCUUCACCAACAGCCACCGCAAGCUCCUUGGUGGAUUGAGGACCUUGCACCUUCCUGACUUCUUGACCUCGUUCAUCUACUACAAACCCGACUUCUAUGGGUCUUUAUUGCACACCUGCGAGUGCUGGGGAUGCGACUUGGUUCUCCGCAAAUUGCGGAGCAUGUUCUUCCCUCUCCAUGAGGUUGACCAGAGCGAGAGAAGAGAUCACGAGCCGUACGGAGGAGACGACCCCAUUGCCGAGGAAUCGGCGUUCUAUCUCAUCGGAUACAUGUUGGGGAAGUUACAGGCCGAUCGAGAGGUGUGUGUUCCCAUCAAAGAAAAAACCACCCAUUAUGCAAACUACCCAAUCUACAAAGGCCAGCCUCACACAUUGCACAAUGGCUUUCACGUCAAGAACCCCGACACCCUGGAGGUGUCGGAGAAAUGUACGUGUGACUUGGAAGGAGAUCCGUGCGGCAAGAGUCCGGUGAAUAUCGAUAAUUUGGUGUCGACCUACAUUGUGCACCAGCUUGAGCCCAUCAUCCGGUACUUUUCCAUAAUCUUCUUCAAGUUGGACAGUCUCAUGAUCCAUGGUAUCUACUACGAGUACAGUGUGGAGCACCAUCGGUUGAUGCCAAUAUUUGACCGUCUCGAGUAUCCCGAGGAAUUUAUGGCAGAGGUCAAACAAGAGGUGGCCAGCGGGACGGCUCCAGAUUUGCCGUUUGGUAGCUUUAAGAAGAGUUUGUAUCCGGAAUGA